UUCCUUGAUGACUUAAACAGGUGGAGUCUACUUCUCAUUUCUCCAUUCAUUCAUCCCGAGGAGUUACUUGAAGCAGAACACAUAGCUUUUGUGACAGAAAGCAUUGCUGCUCACACAGACAACUUGCAGAACGUACCUGACUCUUCCAAAGAGAUUGUGAAGUGGUCAGACUUUUGUUCACCCUUGGCCUAUAAACCUGGUGAACCUUUUAAAUUAAUUGCUGAAGCAAGUGUAGAUAAUUUCAGUAGCCUUGGAAUUGCCUUCAUGGAAGACAGGCUGCAGAUGGAUAACGGGAUGGUGCCACACAAGAUUGUUUCUGUCCAUUUACAGGAAUCUGCUCUGAAGGAGCUGGCACAGGAGGCACCACCUGGGAAAGAGCAAAGCAUACAGAUGGAUGAAGUAACUCCUGCUGUUAACUUGGGGCCAACUCUUAAAUCAGGAUUAGGAGUAGCUGAGUCUGCAGGACAAGGUGAAGAGGAGAAAUCCAAGCUGGAGAAAGAAAGUGAGCAUGAGGAUGACCCCAAGAGUCUGUCUGACAAAGAGACACGUCCUGGAGAACAUCAUCACUUGCAUCUCUCCAGCUGUCGUGAGUGUCUGCAGCUUGAAAACAGCACCAUUGAGUCAGUGAAAUUUGCCUCUGCAGAGAACAUUCCAGAACUUCCCGAUGAUUGCAGUAGCAAACUAGAAGAGAAGGAGGAUGUCUGCCUAGCAGAAGGAAUCAAGAGAGUGAACCUGGCUGGUAAACCCCCUAAUGUGCUGGUUUACCUUGGCUCUGAAACUGCCAAAGUGAGGUUUGAGCAGGUGAAAUCAAUCCUUCAGGAAUGCAUCGGUGCAGAGAGUUACACCAUCUACCAACUGCACAAGGAGCAAGUGCUGAGAGAUCCCUGGGUUGAGAAUUCAUUGCUGCUGGUCAUUGCCACAGAGGAGCCGAUUUCUGAGGGCAACCACAAGCAGUUCAUGAAAUUUUUAUCCAAAGGUGGAAAGAUUCUUGGGUUUUCUUCGUCAUUCACGUUCGGUGGUGUGCAGAUAAAGAGGAAAAACAAGCUGAAGAAGACUGUUCAUGAGUUAGUGGUGUCUAAAAUGGACAGCUCUGAAAUGAAGUUAAAUCUCCUGGUCAGUGGAUGUGUGUUUGAGGAGACCAGGAAGGAAGACAGCAGCAAAGUGAAGACUUUGAGUCGAUUAACAAAUGCUGAGAAAGACCCAGUGAUUGUUCAGCUGACUUAUGGAAACAGUGGAGGAGAAGCCAUUCUUUCUCAGGCCCACUUGGAACUGGACAGCAAUUCUAUGGAUGUCCAAACUGAAGAGGAUUUUAAUUUGCUUAAGAUGAGCAACACCAAAAGAUAUGAAGUUCUCAAGGAUAUCCUGAUAUCACUUGGCCUGAGUUGUGAAAUAAGUGAAGUUCCUGUGUUGACACCUAUUUACCUUCUCUCUCCUGAUGAGGAAAUCCAUCUUGCUUUCCUGAAAUGGCUUGAGGGAAAUGUAGAUGCUGAAGGAUUAAGAGCAUCCAGCAAAGUGUCUCUUAAAUUUGUUUCAUCUUGUGAGUCCAAACCGGAGGUGACUCCGUCCCUCAUGCCUGUCAUCACGGAGAUGGGAGGUUUCUCCUCAGAACAUUUCAGCCUAGAGACAUAUCAGCAGAAUCUCCAGACAAAGAAGCUGGGAAAGAUCCUUCUUUUCACUGAAGUGACCACCACAACAAUGAAUCUCCUGGAUGGGUAA